AUGGAUGUAACAGUUUUACCAUUAAUUUAUAUAUCUGUGCAGAGCUUAUGGUGUAGACAGGGGUUUCGGGCCAUCCCUACAUCCCAAGCCAUUUAUCUAUCGGGUGCUCAACCAUUGGCUUCUGCAGUCAAUGUCCGUCCGCCCCGAUAUCGGACACUAUAUGCCUGCGAGGGCUCAUCGCUGGAGAUUGUAUGCGAAGAGGGAACUCAUAUAAACCUAAUUCGGGCCAAUUUUGGCCGAUUCUCCAUUUCUGUGUGCAAUGACAACGGAAACGUCGACUGGAGUGUCGACUGUAUGUCUCACCGAUCGUUUCGUGUGAUGCAAGAAAGCUGUGGUAUGAAGAGGUCGUGCAAACUGCCCGCGUCUGCCAACGUGUUCGGCGACCCCUGUUUGGGGACACUUAAGUAUUUGGAGGCACACUAUCAGUGUAUGCCUGAUUAUCCGCAACUGCCGUACUCUACACCCCGUCCUAACUAUUCAUUCAAGAAUCCGUUGAUCCCUUCGUACGAGUCUAGCGAUCGUAACUACGGCGAGAACACCGGCUCUUCGCCUAAUCCGAGAAUUAUAUUUCCGGAAUCGUAUAAUCCCUCGCAAAUAAUCCCAUUCCCGGCCAUCGAAAUGGAUUCCAAGGAAGGAUCAGAUGUUAGCGAAACGGAAUCGGCGUCCAAGAAGUCAACGGAGACGAGCGAUGGCUAUCCCAGACUUAAUGAGAACGAUAUCCCACCGCCUGUUAAUCCGCCGAUCAUUUCGGAUAACGAAACGCCUGUUAUUAACUCAGACGACGACAAGACAGUGAAUGAGAAGAAUAAUGACGAUAACAACGCGCGUCAGUACUACUCGUCCACACCGGAGCCCAAAUGGAUUAGCAGUGGCUCUGAAAUUGAUUCAAUCAAUACUAAUAAACACAACAAUAAUAAUAACAAUAAUAACGAAAACAGUGAAAGUAAUGGCAAUUCCAAUAGCGAUAACAUUAUAAUGCAUGAGAACAUCGAAAGGGCGGUCGACUUAAGCCUAGAUCACUGCCAGCCAAUGUACUCGAGAGGUCUUUCCUGGAACUGGACUCUCGUCGGACACGCGGCCAACCAGUCGUGUCCGGCGGGUGCCAAAGGUCUUGUCCGGUGGUCCUGUGUUUACUCCAAUGGUAACCCCCAUUGGACGCCAUUGAUGGCCGAUAUGUCCGAUUGUUCGUCACUUUGGGUCCAACACUUGGAAAGUCGUGUCAACUCUAACGCCGAGUCUGUCGUCUCAUUAACAGACGAAUUGGCCAAAAGUUGCAAAGAAAAGACACUCUUUAGUGCAGACCUGUUUCGAGUGACAGAUAUUCUGAGUCAACUCGUGAUCCGCACUGAGAACGCCAUUAUUGAGACCUACGAUGAAAAUCAAAGACAUCAUGUCGUCAGAGAAAUGCUAAACUCUGUUCAGGACAUUGUCAGCAGUCUAUUAGAUGACAAUCAAAUGGAGUCUUGGAAUGAACUGUCGCUGAGUUACCAGAAAACUGCCAUCAAUUUAAUGCUCAACUCAUUAGAGAGAAUGGGUUUACUUAUGGCGGACACCAAACAGCAGACCAGUGAUUAUCUGAGGGCUCAUCAGAAUAUUUUUGUUUCGGUUCACAUCCGAUCGAUUGGUUCGCUGUCUUAUGGCUUACAUUUGCCACCGAUUGUGGACACAUCGGAUGAGAUGCCAAACUCAGUGACUCUGCACUCUAAUAGCGUAUACCUGACGCCACAAACACUGACAGAGUAUUCAUCGGCGUCUGGUUUAGUGAAAGUCGUGUUUUUAAUGUACAAAAAGUUGGCUCAUCUCAUGAAACCAGAGCUCGAGAACGCGGACCACUACCCGGUGAUGAUGACACCCGAUGGCGGUCUCGCGCCCCUCAACACCUCGCGUAUCAUCAAUUCGGAGAUAAUUGGGAUACUAUUAAACCGCGAGAGAUAUACUCCGCUCAGCGAACCCAUUGAGUUCACACUCAAACACCUGAUCACCGAAAACGUGACGAACGCUAAGUGUGUCUUCUGGGACAUCGACCGCAGAGACUGGUCAGACCAGGGAUGCCAUACUGUCCGCACCAAUCGUACGCACACUUCAUGCAAAUGCAAUCAUUUGACAAAUUUUGCCAUUUUGAUGGAUGUCAAUCACGUCCAAAUCUCAUCUGGAAAUGAGUUGGCAUUGCGUGUCAUAACAGUGAUCGGUUGCACCGUAUCUAUCAUAUGCCUUACCAUUACGUUCAUUACAUUAGUCUCAUUCAGGAGCUUAAGGAGUGUCCGGACAACAAUUCACACCAAUUUGUGCCUUUGCCUCAUAAUCGCUGAAUUGAUUUUCCUUUUGGGAAUCAAUGAGACAAAAAUCAAACUAAUCUGUGGUUUAAUAGCCUGUGGUCUUCACUACUUCUUUUUGGCCGCCUUUUUGUGGAUGUUUUUCGAAGGCUUCCAACUCUAUGUGAUGUUAGUCGAGGUCUUUGAUCACGAAAAGUCACGCGUCAAUUGGUAUUACUUGCUGUCAUACGGAGUGCCCGCCAUUUUGGUGAUUAUAUCGGCCAUUAUUGACCCGUUGUCUUACGGGACACCCAAUUACUGUUGGCUUCGGUCCGAUAAUUACUUCAUUUGGGCGUUUGUCGGUCCAGUCAUCGCUAUACUCAUCGCCAAUAUUAUAUUCCUCUCGAUCGCAAUGACCACAAUGUGUCGACACAUUCCUCACAUCACUUCCAAUAAGACUAAAGAACAGACAAAACUAACAAAUAUUAAGCUUUGGAUCCGCGGUUCGCUGGCACUGGUAUUCCUGUUGGGCAUUACCUGGAGUUUUGGCCUCUUAUAUCUGUCCCGGGAAUCACUAUUUAUGGCCUAUUUGUUCACAAUUACGAAUUCAAUGCAAGGAUUGUUUAUAUUUGUCUUCAAUUGUUUGACGAACGAAAAAGUGCGGACAGAAUACCGAAAACUGUUCGCUGCCCUCAAUCUGAAGCCCAUUUGUCUGGACUCAACGCCUUCCAAGUCUAUCGACACAACCCGUGAACAGAUGCCGUCGUCAUCGCUGUCACCACAAGACCACAGAACCAGUCUUUAUGUCAACAAUUCGAGCGCCGCUUCCCAUCCGAAAGACUCGUCGAUCAUAAAUGUAUUUCCGGUGCAAAAUGGUGUCCACUGCGAGCCAAUGAUCGGCACAUCCGGUCUACCGACUAAUGGCCUCAAUAUGAAUGCUCUGAUGGCGGCGACCGGAGCCGAGAGUCCCAAACAGUUGCGUCGAUUGACACACAAGUAUUACUUAACGGACGACUCGAGUGAUUACGGCUGUAAACGCCUUCAACAGAGCCGUUGCCCGAAGCAGUCGUGUCGAGACAUCUAUUCCCUCCACUCGACUCACUUGGCCUCACAUUCGCCUAACUUUAUUGAACACAUAUACGAGUGCAUCGAUGAGGACCCAUAUGUCGCCAAACUAUUGUUGCCAGCGAUUCAGCGCUCACUCGACGGCCAACACGUCCGCACAUUAAGCGAUUCGUCGCGACAUUCAGACAACAGGCCAUUGAUUUCGUGCUCUACUUCUUCGCCUCGAAGUCACAACUUUCACAUUCAGACACAGAAUACAGGUAAUCAUUUGCCGGCAAUAGUGAAGGACAACACAAUGAAUAAGACGACAAUCAUUUGUACAAAUCAUUUGUCGUCUUCGAGUCAACCGACUGUCGCUGUACUGAAUGGCAACAAUCAAGUGAUCUGUUGUACACUAAACGACCAUCAAUUAUGUGAUCACAACAAUCAGACAAUACAAACCCAUUUAAGGCAACAAUAUUUAGUGUCAAACGGUUUAAAUAAUCUGAAUAAUUGUUUGCCAUCGAAGAGCCGACACCUCAGUAGCGACUGUUGAGACGUCCGGCCGAUCGACGGAACAGACAAUACAAGUGUCAAAACGAAAGACAAUUUAAAUUUUCUAAUCAAAACAAAAACUGUUUGCUUUACUCAAACGCCCAGUUAUUGUGAUCGUUAUGUUUUAUAUCUAAUCCAUCGUUAAUGAAGGCAUGGAUUGAAUUAAUUGUUAAAUAUAUGACGAGAAACCGAUCGCAAAGACCACUGGAUUUUGAAGAAUACUUUUGUGAUAUUUUUAGACAAACUUUUAAAAGUGUUUUUAUUAUUUGAUAAUAAAUAAUACGAGACUAUUAUUUAAAAGUAAUAAGUAUUUCCCGAAACCAACUGCUCAUCAAUUCAUUGGAAUUAAAUUCUCAUUAAUUUUAUAUAAAAUACAGAGUUUUUUGUAUACAAAUUAUACAUACAUUUAAUGAAAAUUUUUUGAAAAAAG